AAAAACAACAUCACUUCACACACAAUGAGCGACUCGGAGUACGAAUCGGACUCGGACAGCGAGACCUACGUCUUCUUCAAGGAUCGUCCCCAAUGGGCUGAUGUCAAGCCGCUGGAGCAGGACGACGGACCCGACCCAGUCGUAGCCAUUCUUUACGCUGACGAAUUCAAGGACAAGAUGAACUACUUUCGCGCGAUCGUGCAGCUCGACGAGCGGAGCCAGCGCGCGUUCGACCUUACGACCGAGGUUAUCAAAGCCAAUCCAGCCAACUACCAUGCAUGGCACUUUCGGCGACUUGUGAUGGACGCCUUGAACCUCGACUACCAACCCGAGCUCGCCUUCACCCAUCGUCUUGCAGAGGCCAACCCCAAGAACUAUCAAAUUUGGCACCAUCGUCGAGUGGUGGCUGAAAAGAUUCGCUCGCCUUCGAACGAACUCGAGUUCACUGCGACCCAGCUGGACCAUGAUGCCAAGAAUUAUCACGCAUGGACGCACCGACACUGGGUUGUGGAGGCUUUUGGCCUGUGGGACGGACAGCUGGACUACUCGGCGCUUUUGCUGCAGCGCGACGUUCGCAACAACUCUGCCUGGAAUUACCGUUACUGGAUCCUGUCCAAGACCAACGGGCUUGACUCCUUGGCCAAGAUUGACGAGCAGCUUGCCUUUGCUUUUGCUCUGAUCCGCAAGGCACCCAACAACGAGAGCGCGUGGAACUUUGUUCGAGGCGUGGCGAGCUCACGGCGGUUUGGCGACACCCCGUCGAUCGAGGCAUUCUGCACUGAUCUCUCAAAGUCACCAGUACACUACCCGUACUGCCUCGGCCUGCAAGUUGAGAUUCAGGAAGAGAAGGCCCUUGCCGGCAAUCGCGAUGCUCUUCUCGAGCUCGAGAAAUUGUGCGACAAGCUUGGCAAUGAGGUCGACACGAUUCGCGCAAAGUACUGGAAUUACCGCAAAGUGACUGUUCGCGAGCGCUGCCCCCAGUAGGCGCACGCUCUUAUUGUGCACGUUGCUAGUGAAAGGCACCGUCUUGUGUUGUGCACUAUGGCUUUUCAGCCAAAUACAGAAUUGUUGAAGCAUUGA